AUGGAGGAUUCGGUCGAGGUCAUCCUUCUGCAUAAAAGUUGCAAGCUCUCCCAACAUACUCAGGAAAAGUCACUUUUCACAGCAGCAUCUGGAGCUUUGCUCAUGGGGGUUUAUGGGCUCUGGACAUUAUUUGCACUUCCUGGCUUCCGGAAAGUACCUAUAUGUCUCAAGGUGCCUUAUUUGCCCUCCAGCAGAACACAGACCCAGAAUGUAAUGAAACUCCUGCAUGGGAGAGCAGGGUGUCUGGCAGAUCUGGGCUCAGGUGAUGGGCGACUGGUAUUUGCUGCCACUGUAGAGGGUUUCCAGUGCACUGGCUUUGAAAUCAAUUCUAUCCUAACUGGAUAUGCCAGAGUCAAAGCAAAGUGGAAGGGAAUACCAUCCAGCACUGCCAGUUUUAUAAACCAGGACUUUUGGAAGACCAAUUUGUCCAAAUAUAACAAUGUGACUGUUUUCUUGGCACCCGGAGUGAUGGAGGUGUUGGGUAGGAAACUGGAGAUGGAGUUACCAGAUGAGGCUCGUGUGAUUGCCUGUCGCUUCCCAUUUCCUGACUGGUCUCCUACAGCCACUGAGGGUGAAGGACUAGACCAGGCCUGGGCAUAUGAUAUGAAUGCCAUACGGAAGCUUUCAACACACACUACUAUGAAAUGAGGAGAAAAGCACCUGUCCUUGUGUCAAAAAGCUUUGUUUUUUGUUUGAGCACCACCUGAAAGGUACCUUUUAGAAGACAAUAUAUACAAAGUUAAAUGCAAAGUAUAAAGCAUAUAAUAACUAAUUGUUUUUAUGUUGAACACAACAUUUUUUUCUCCUGUUCUGUUACCACAGGUGGGUUUGAUGACAAAUGGCAUAUGUGUGUUAUGCAUAUAAUUCUAAACUGUGAAAUAAAGAACAUUACCUUUCUGCCAACAAACUGCUUAUAUGAUCUUGGUCUUUUAAAGGGAUAGUUCAUCCAAAAAUAAAAAUGUUGUCAUUAUUUACUCACCACCAUGUUGUUCCAAGCCAUGAGUUUCUUUCUUCUUUUGAACACAAAAGAAGAUAUUUUGAAGAAUGUUGGUAACCAGACAGUUGACGGUAGUUAUUGACUUCUAUACAUUGUUUUCUCCUAAUAUGGAAGUCAAUGGCUACCAUAUGUCAGGUUACCAACAUUCUUACCAAAUAUCUGGUUACCAAAAAUCUUCUUUAGUGUUUGAAACAACAUGAGGGUGAGUAAAUUAUGACAACAUUUUUAGAUGAACUAUCCUUUAAUAUCUCAUAGAAUAGCAAAUCCAAAAAAAGGGCGGCACGUGUUUCUCCAUCACAUUUAGGUCAAUCUUACAUUAUAUUUCCCACAAAUUAAGAAAAAUACUUGUUUUAUUUUUAUUUUUUCAUUGAUUUUUAUGUGUUUCAUUCAUUUUAUUGAAAGAAAAAAAUUGCCUGGGUUGGAUAAUGUGGGACACAGCUAAAUAUUAUGUUUUGAUAAUUAAAAUUAAAAAGUAAUUGUACUUAAAACUACUUUGAUCUUAAUUCAUAAAAAAAAAAAAAGAUGUUAAAAUUACAACGUUCUUGUGUGAUUUUAAUAAAUACAGUCGAGAAGGUCAAGACCUCUGAUGUUGGACAGGUCAAAAUCCCCUUUUAAAGGGGGAAACUUGAUGUUUAAAACUAUGCUGUGUUCAUUAUGUGCAUCUAACAUAUCUAAUAGUCCUCACAACAUUGAAUUUGUACGUAUAAUGCUUUUUAAAAAAUGGAACAUGCCAGAUGUUUUAUGUCACUUUGACCACAUGGUGAUGCUCUGACUCUCCUCUAUGAAUCAGAAGGUUUAUUUCAAACGUAAGCUAUAAACGUCUUUACGAUAGAUAAUUUAUUGAAAAUCAAUAUUUUUAAAUAUAUAUCACCAGUGCUUAUUUGUAUUAUUGUGUGUGUAUAUAUAGCCUAUACCUUUUUGACUGAAAAACAAGAUCUAUUUAAUCAUUGCCUGUGAGAG